AUGUUGCGCGGCGACCCGUCUUGGCGGGAGUUCCCCAAGGUUCGGUUCUGGGGUUUCGGAAUCUUGCGUAUGACACUGUUUUUGAAACCGUGUCAUAUCAUCGGUUAUGCGGAAGACACGCUUAUCGUUGCAACUGCGAGAACGGUCGAAUCGGCUCGUGUUCAUGCAAGUUUGCAGACGGCGGCGGUUAUUGAUAGGAUUCAGCGAUUUUGGUUGCUCGUUGCUGCGGCGAAGACUGAAGCAAUUCUUUUCCAUGAAGGAAGAAAGCCGCAGGUUUUCCCUGUAAUCUGCAUCGAGAAUAAAAUUAUCCAAGUGGAAUGCACGCUGAAAUACUUGGGCAUUGUGUUGGAUAGCCGGCUCAAAUUUUAUGACCACUUUCGGUAUGCUGCCACCAAAGCUAUGAAGGUUGCUAGAGCUCUGGGUUGUCUCAUGCCUAACUUGAGAGACCCUGCAGAAAUCAAAAGACGUCUGUAUGCAUCAGUAGUGUCCUCGGUACUUUUAUAUAGCGCUCCGGUCUGGAACAAUGCUCUAAUUCCGACGACCACAUCGGCUAGGCGGGCGCAGGCGCCUAUUCUACGUGUUCAGUGCUUCAUAGCGUUGCGAGUGAUAGCGGGCUAUAGAACUGUGUCCUUGGAGGCUGCGUCUCUUCUAGCGUGCAUUCCGCCGCUCUAUCUUACGACGAUGUAUUAUCAGCGGAUGUAUAAGCGUAUCAGUGUGCUAAAGGGCUCUGGGGAAUGGACACUUGAAUCCGAAAGUGAGAUUCGCAAUAAGGAAAACUCUUUUUGGAUGGACAGUGAUCCUUACAGGACAUAUUUUCGGGACUAUUUGUACCGCAUCAAUAAGGACCGAACAAGUCAGUGCGUCCAUUGCGAUGAUGGAACGGACUCUGCUCAGCACACUCUCGAAGACUGCGCGUCUUGGUCGACCGAGAGAGUAGAACUUCGGCGAGUGAUAGGAGCAGAUUUGUCUCUACUUGCUCUGAUUAGGGCCAUGUUGAAUUCGGAGGAAGGGUGGACGGCUGCGAUUCGUUUCGCGGAGAGCGUAAUGAAGCAGAAGGAUGUUGCGGAGAGAUUACGGCAAGUUAAUGCUGUCCAAUGA